CAGCAGCAGUCUUAUCUGUGGGCCGCAGGGGCUGAUGGGAGCUUUGAGGACCUGUUAGAAACCACGUGGCCCUCGUCUGAUCUCACAGCUCGUCCUUGUUUGGCCUCAGCUGCAUCAGAGCACCACUUCUCCCCAGGUUCACCAGAGGAAACACCACUGCACAAAAUGCUUUUCCUCCCAGCUGCUGCUCUGUGCUGUCUGCGUUCAGCACUGGUUACCAUGGCAGCAGCACAGGUGAUUCAGGACGAUUUAACAUUGACCAGGAGAGUUGGAGAAAGUGUCUCCUUCAGCUGUGGAGGGAUACAGCAGUGUGAUGGCAAUUAUGCACACUGGUACCAGAAGAAAGAAAAUGAAACAUUCAAAGCAGUUCUGCGAAUUUAUAAAAGUGAUUGCAGAUUAUCCACUCGUUGGAAUCAUCCUCACAAAGAUGAUUUCUCAGCUGUGAAUAAACAGAAUGGCUGUGAGUUUAGGAUAGAAAAAGUUAAAAUUGAUCAUUCAGCCACCUACUACUGUGACUGUUGGAAGAGAGCAAGAUGGUACUUCAUCUUUGGCUCUGGAACUAAACUGUCUGUAACAGAUGAGCAGGUAGUGAAGCCCGUGGUGAGCGUGUACCCAGCAGCAUCCAGAGCCCACCUGGAGGGGAACAGCUCCCUGCUGUGUGUGGCCUCAGCCAUGUUUCCUCCUCUGGUCCAGUUCUCCUGGAAAAGACAGAAGAAGAACGGCGGAGAAGCGGAGGAGCUGCCCCCUGCUGAGGGAGAGCAGCUGGAGCUCAGAGAGUCGGGACGCACCAUUGCCAUCAGGAUGGUUGAUGGGAGUGAUUCUGACACAUAUAAAUACAGCUGCUGGGUGAAGCACGAGGGGGGCACAGUGGAGGCCCAAACACAACAAGGUAAUGAAGGCUUGGUGACUGUGUUCAGCAGUGAUUCAGCUUCAUGUGGAGAUGCUCUCCAAACAUUUGACUCCUUUUCUGUUUCAGAGCUUCCAGCUCUUCCACCAGCCCUGUAUGUUCCUUCUCUUCCUUCUAUUCACGAGGUGAAGCUGCUCUGCCUGCUGUACACAGUGCUGAUAGUGAAGAGUCUGGUGUACUGCUGUGGACUCUUUCUGCUGAUGAUCCUCACAAACAAGGGAGCGUCCACCAACUGCACACAUGCUGACUGACUGUUUUCUGCUCGCCUUUUCUCACCAUCAGAUUUCCUCGAGUCAGCAGUCAGAAAUGUCAAUUAACUUUGAGUUGG